AUGCCCUUCGCGCCCCGCCGUCGUGAUGUUCAUCGCACCCGUGCCCUCCUCCAUUACCGCCUAGGUCUCCCAAAUGAACUCGUUCUCGAUAUCCUGGAUAAAGCCCGUUACUGGGUCGAAGUCAAACACGUCAAUGACCAGAUCACAGUACUCCUUGACGAGGACUUCUCCGACGAUUUCUCCGCUGCGCUGCCCAUGUUGAGGAUAGUAAUUGACAGGCCCGAAAUCGCGCAUCGCGAAACAAGCAAACUCCGAGAAAUCGAGUUUUUAAUCGUCAGUCACGACCAAGGUUGGACUACAGAAGAUACCAUCGGCACGUUCGACACCUCGUCUUGGUUUGAGGUCUCUAUCGUGCGCCCGUCUUCUCCGCAGGACUACAUGAUAAAUGAUAUGGUGGCUGAUAGCUUCGCCGACCACGAUUAUCCAAAAAGCAACAUCCACACCGUGAUAGAUGAUAUGUGCGGUAACCUUGGCUUCAGAAAUGCGCUGCGCCCUUCUUCGACAACAGAGUCGCAGAGGUUGCACUGCGAUGAGAUGCAGGCCAUGACGUUCUUGCAUGACGAUCCUUCACGCCCAAUGGGUAUCGAAGGACAACACGCUUGGUACUUGCAAGGGAACGAGGUCGCAAGAGCUGUUUCAAUCUUCGAAGGCGAUUACAUUCGCCGGUACCGCGUUGUCUGGGGUUGUAAGGAUAAUCCAACGUGGGAAGGCAACGAAGGUGCUGGCCGUGGCGACGAUUUCAUCGAUUCACUGAGACAUGGUGAUUGGAUCUGUGUGUGGGCGAGAGCCAAGAGACGAGGUUGGGAGAAUCACGUCCAUGGCAUACGCGUCACUAUGCGAUACACGGUAUAG